CGUGUGGAAUCCGAGGUGGUACCUCCAUCUGCCGCCUGCACACUCUCUCUCUCUCUCUCUCUCUCUCUCUCUCUGUCCCUGGUUUCGGGUUCGUCGUAUAUUUAUUCCCCUGCUGCCUUCCUCCAUCUUGUGCAGUUUGUUAGAACGUUGUCCUGCGGACAUACAGUCUGAGCUUAGUGGAGGUGAAUCGUGGUUUUUGGUGGUGAAGAGUUAGUGGGUUGCAGAGGAUCGUCGUCGUCAGUGCAGAGUUGAUUGCUUGAAUUGGUGCCCCUGCUCCUUCCACAAUGUCGGGCCCCGGGUUCUAUUACUACAGUGAUCCUAGGCCCUUUCACAGCUUCCAGCCGCUUCACUCUGAUGGAUCGCUUGAUUACUGGUUCUAUCCUAACAAGGAUUUACUCAAGUACCCGAUUGAGGAGCCCAAGAAGGACAAUAAGAAGGAUGACAAGAAGGACGACAAAAAAGACGCUGAGAAGAAAGACGGGAAGGAUGACAAGAAGCCGAAGACAAUCGAAUUAAAGGUACACCUAUGCUGCGAAAAGUGUGCCCGCAAAAUGAGCAAAAAACUCGAGAGUAUGGAUGGUGUGCAGAAGCCUGUGAUUUGCGACCUGUACCUGACGAAGGUGACAGUGACAGGCACUGCGAAACCGGAGGCUGUCCUGAAGACCGCACAGAAGAUGAAGAAGGACGCUGCGAUGUGGCCCCAGAAGAAGUAAAAAACCCAUGCUCCUGCGACACGAUCUUGUAAAGACUUUUUGACAUUUUGAACGAGAGUUUAGAAUCAGAUAUUUAGUAUUACAGGAGGCAUGAGUGACAGCCAUGCUCUCCCACUGCGCCGCACCUUGGCCUUUAGUCCGAAAGUCCUCGCUUGAUGCAUCGGCAAGUGCUGAAGCAAGCGAAUCACAGAAGCUGCAGCGUAGCCAUAAACACAGACCUAGCACAGUUGUACAUAAUUCAGCACUUUCAGAAAGCUUUUUCGAUCAACUAUUAAUCUUUUUUCUUUUUCUUUUUUUUC